AUGCCUACAAUCCUAGUAACCGGGGCCAACGGCUUCAUCGCCGCCCACUGCAUCACUCGCAUCCUGUCGCACCCUUCGCACGCGCCCCUUCGCGUCCGCGGCACCGUCCGCACCCCCGAAAAGGCCCAGGCCACCCGCAAAGCCCUCUCGUCCGCCUGUGGGUCUGGAACUGGAAGUGCAACUGGAAAUGCCAUGGCAAAUCUAGAUAUCCUGGUCGUUUCCGACCCGACGGACCCGACGGCCAUGCGGGCCGCCAUGAGCGGCUGCGACGCAGUCCUGCACCUUGCAAGCGCCUUCACCUAUGACGCGGGCCCCGGGGAGUUUGAAGAGAAGCUGCUGGGCCCUGCAGUUAGGGGUACGGUGGCGGUGUGCGACGCAGCUGCCCAGACGGAUAGUGUUAGGAAGGUGGUUAUCAUGUCGAGCUUUGCGGCUGUGUAUGAUGCCGCCAAGGGGCUGCAGCCUGGGAAGGUCUACACCGAGGAGGACUGGAGUCCGCUUGGGUAUGAAGAUGGGGUUUGUGCUAGUAUUGUUGCAACGGCGUACCGAGCCAGCAAGGUCGUCGCGGAGAGGGCGGCGUGGAAUUUCAUCCAUGACCAUGAAGUACAGUAUAAACUCGUCACGCUCUGUCUGGGGAUGGUCUUUGGGACGAUGCUGCACCCCAUCGAGUCCUUGGGCCAGCUGAAUGUCAGUAACGGGAUUGUGUGGGAGGUGCUGAAAGGAGACAAUGGGAUUCCCGCAACCAAGGCACCUGUCUGGGUAGAUGUCGAUGAUUUGGCGAUUGUGUCGCUGAAGGCCCUGACGGUGGAUCUCGCUUCUCAUGAGCGGUUCCUCGUCACGGCGGGUGCAUACGAUACGCAGGAGAUUGCGGACGUCGUCCGGGCUGCGCUGCCGGAAACACGGGGCAGGGUUCCUGUUGGAGAGCCCAGAAAGAGAAUCAGGUCUACGCAUUACUCGUGUGAUUCAAGCAAGGUGCAGCGCGUGCUGGGGGUAGAGUUCAAGGGGCUGGCGGAGAGUGUGAUACCGCUGGCGAGGCAGUUGUAUGCGAUGGAGCAAGCGGAUAACUGA